UUUAAAUAUUCAAAAUAGAAUAAUUUGUUCUUUAAAUCGGAAAUAAUUUUAUAAUAAAAAUAAUUGAUUACGUUAACCUGAUAUUAUUGAAGUUAAAUAGUCAGUGUUAGACUUUCAUUACUGUUGCAACUAUAAUCAUCAUUAAAAAUGGGUUUCUAUUUUUGUUCCGGAAUAUUCCUUUGUUUUAUGUGUGUAAUUACCUUACCCAUAUUUUCUACUGGAAAGCCCUGCCUUGACGAAGAAAUGAUUUGCAACAAGUCAAUUCAAAUUGUUGAUCCAUCAAAAUAUUUCAAUAAAGACGAUAUAUUACGUGAGAAAGAGAAUCCCAUAGCAUUUUAUCGCGCACAAUUAAAUGUAAAUAAAUAUAAGAAAUACGAAUGGAAAGAUGUAAAUACUUACAGAAGAAUUUUCGAAAUGGAAUUUUCACGUCUGAAACAGGUUGAAGAUGAUUUGUACGAACAAUUUCGCAAGGUAGAUACUGAAAAUAAUAACACUGUGUCAAGAAGUAAUGCAAUGAACGUCAUUUCGACUAGCACAUUCUUUGAUAGUCUGAAUUACGAAAACCGUUCAAUAAUAGUCGAUCGGUUUAUAAAUAACGAAUAUAAAUUCGAUUACAAAAAAAUGAAAAACAACAUAAUUAAUAUUUACGAUUUUGAUAAAUCUUCUAUUUAUUUUUAUGAUGCUGAGACAGAUGAUUGGGUGAAUAAAUAAUCGUAGUAAUUUAUACUUAAAAUUUAUAAAAAUAUAGUUAAACUUUAUUGAAAAUAUUCAUUUGAUAUUAUAUUUGUUAAUAAACGUUUAAUUUAUUCUAGAUAAA